AUGAACCCAAAUCCUUCAGAAUAUCCCUUACUUAAUAUCCCUGUACCGUAUAUAUAUCAACUAAGAGAUGCAAGAAACGAUCUUAAUACUUUACCGAUGGUCAAGCAUGACUCCAUUUUUCUUGUUUCUACGAAUAAAAACAACGAUACGGAUCAACAGGUAAGGGUGAAAAGAAGAAGGCUGGACUCUUUUGAUGCAAAUGGAUUAAAUAUUAUGAGAGAUGUCGACUCCAGGAGUCUCGAAAUGAAUGAUCGUGCUGAAGAGAAUGAUUUCAAUGAGGAAAAUAACAAUGUUGGUGUAGAUCCUGGAUUCAAACUUCCGGCAACUGAUGGUGCCAACAGCGAACCCUUAUCAAUAGAUACUCCUUCCAGUUUGGUUGUUGCUGCUACAGAGUCAACAGUUGCUGCACAUCCUCCCACUUCAACGAUACAAUCUGUUGCUACUGCUACCACAACAGCUGUGAAUGGGCCGGCAUCAACAUCACCAAUGACUGUGACGGUAGAAAACGGAAUGUUAGAAGAAGCUUUACCAUUAUCACCUACGGCUACAUCAGGAAUGAACACACCGACAGCAAAACAUGGUCUUAUCCCACUAGACAAAACAACCAAUCUUUCCACUGAUGAAUUAGUAAUGAAUAAUUUGUUGACAAAUUUACAAACACAACUAACACCAAUACAAUAUAAGAAUUUAAUAUUCAAGAUCCUUUCCAAUUUGAAUAGAACUGCAUUAUCUGAUUUAAACUCCGUCCUUAAUGGUAAUUUGAAAAGAGAUAUCGUUUCAUCAUUGCCUAUUGAGAUUGCCCUAAAAAUCUUUCAGCAUUUGUCCUAUGAUGACAUUUUCAAUUGUCAAUCGGUUUGCUCCAAUUGGAAUGCCAUUAUAAACACAACACCAUUGCUUUGGAAAAACCUUUUGAUUUCAGAGUCAUUUGUGAGUGCCCAAGAAGUUGCAAACAACAAUAAUAAAAGCUCUUUCUUCAAGGAGAAAUUUAUUGAAAGUUUAAGAAUUUUACAAAAUUGGUACAAUCCAUCAUUUAAACCAGAAAGAACAACAUUGACAGGUCAUGCCACAAGUGUUGUCACAUGUUUACAGUUCGAAGACGAUUAUGUAAUAACAGGUGCAGAUGACAGGCAAUUAAGAAUCUACGAUGCUCGAUCUAAAAAGUUUCUGAAGGAACUAAGCGGUCAUGAAGGUGGUGUAUGGGCAUUGAAGUACGAUGCUGAUGGAAUCAUCGUAAGUGGAUCAACUGACAGGUCCGUUAGAAUAUGGGAUAUUAAGAGAGGUUGUUGUACUCAUGUUUUCAAGGGUCAUACUUCCACUGUUAGAUGUCUUGAAAUUGUAACUUAUAAAAACAUGAAAUACAUUGUAACAGGGUCUCGAGAUAAUACAUUACAUGUUUGGAAAUUAAUUAAAGAGGAAAAAUUUGAUGGAGAGUUACCCAUGGUUUAUAAUACCCCUGAGGAAAACCCUUAUUUUGUAGGCGUGCUUAGAGGACAUAUGGCUUCAGUACGUACCAUUUCGGGACAUGGGAAUAUUGUCAUUAGCGGAUCUUAUGAUAAUAAUUUAAUGGUCUGGGAUAUUGCACAAAUGAAGUGUCUUUACGUCUUAAUUGGCCAUACGGAUAGAAUUUAUUCCACCAUUUAUGACCAUAAAAGACAAAGGUGUAUUUCUGCAAGUAUGGAUUCCACUAUAAAAGUCUGGGACUUAGAUAAUAUUUGGAAUAAUGGGAAUUGUACGAUUAUAACCAACUCAGCCACGCCCUGUACUAAGAUUACAGGAUCCAUGUUGACUUUACAGGGUCAUACUGCAUUAGUUGGAUUACUAAGGUUAUCGGAUAAAUAUUUAGUUAGUGCUGCAGCAGAUGGGUCACUAAGAGGUUGGGAUUCCAAUGAUUACUCACGAAAAUUUUCGUAUCAUCACAACAACUUGAGUGCCAUAACGACAUUUUACAUGAAUGAUAAUAUAUUAGUGAGUGGGUCAGAGGGUCAAUUUAACGUUUACAAUUUAAGAACGGGUAAAUUAGUCCAUUCUGAUCUGUUGCGUGAUGCUGAUCAAAUAUGGUCAGUGGAUUUUAAAGGUUCGUUACUGGUUGCCGCUGUGGAAAAGGAUGGUGAAUCUUUCAUCGAGAUGUUAGAUUUCAGCAUACCGAGCCCUAAACCUAUAAGUGAAGUAGAAGAUGAGACCACGAGUAAUUAA